AUGGAGACCUGCCUGAAAGUCUUGCUGCUCAUCGGGGUGGUCACAGCAGCUCCCACACCACCACCAUCCCCUCUGCCAAGCCACGAGGCUGCGGUUUUAGCUGCAGUUCAAAUCUACAACCAAGAGCCAGGCACAACACUGGCCUAUCGGCUCCUGGAAGCUCAGCCGCAGCCAGACUGGGACGUGUCUUCAAAAACUAUCCAAUCACUGACCUUCUCUGUGAAAGAGACAGUGUGCCUGGUAUCAGAGAAACGCGACCCCAACCAGUGUGAAUUCAAAGAAGACGGACUGGUCAAAGACUGCUCUGGAUUUUUCUCCACGGAACAGGACCCCCCUUCCGUCAUUAUCAAAUGUGAGGAGGCGUCUGAGAAG